CUCAGUCAGUUGCGAUCAUUUAACCGAUAAAGAACAAUUUUUUAUGAAACAAAAGUAAAGCGACAAUAAUAUUUCAAAGCUGUUAUAGAAGUGAAGAAAAAUUAUUCUAUUUUUAGUAAAAGACAGAUAAACAAAGAUGCUUAAGUUUUUAGUAUUACUGGGAUUUUGCUUUGGCUUUACUUUAAGCCAUACAUAUCAUUCUGGGCAAUGCCCUUCUGUUGAACCACAAUCCGGCUUUGAAAUGAGUAAAUUCUUAGGAGUUUGGUAUGCCGUACAGAAAACUUCUACAGCAUCAAGCUGUUUAAUAUAUAAUAUAACAAGGGGUGAAGAACCAGGAGAAUACAAAAUUCAACAAACAUCACAACAUCUUAUAUUAGGAUUGACUCCAUUGAAACAUAAUUAUAGUUAUACUGGCGACAUUACUGUACCAGAUAAUGAUAUACCAGCAAAAAUGAAAGUCAAAUUUCCAUUAAAUAUUGCUGGCAGUUCAUCAUUUACAGUUUUUAUGACAGACUAUGAAAAUUAUGGCGGAAUAUUUUCAUGUCAAAAAUUGGGACCAUUUCAUCGUCGAAGUGCAACUUUAUUAUCUAGAACAAAAAUUCUAGAUAGAAUAUAUAUUGACAAAUUAAGAAAUCGCUUAGCUUCAUCUUUAGUUGAUCCCUUUGAUUUAAGUAUAAUAAACCAAACCGGUUGUCCGGGUCCAGAAAGUGGUGGUGUUAAUAUUGGCAUUGAUGAUGAAACAUUUUCAGCUCAUAACGUUGCAAAUGUUUUCCGUAAAGCAGGGGAAAAAAUUGGUGAUGGUGUAGAAUAUACAAUUAGUGCAGGAAAAAAAUUAUACAAUAAAGUAAGUGAUAAAGAAUCAACAUCAAACCAUGGUGGUGAUUCAUUAGUAAUUUAUGAAAAAAUAAGAGACUUAAGAGAAUAUCCAGCAGAGAAAGACUCAGAAUGGAUUACAGUUUAAAGUUAUUAAAUCCAAUAUACACAUUCAUACACAUGUGUAUGGAUAUAAAUAUGAGAACCAUAUAAGGGAACGCUAUAAUCUGACAGAUACUCAAAAAAGUACUAACUAUAAGACAAAAUAAAACUCAUUCCUGAUUUUCUUUUUCUGUUCAAAAUUAUUGACAUUAUUUUUCACUAUAUAGUACAUAUGUAUAUCAUGCUUUUGGAUAAAGUUAAUUAAGGUUAGUGAAAAUAAAUGUUUUGUGUAUUAAAUUACGUUAAAAUAUAUAGAAAAUUAUGUUUAAUAAAAUAAAUUAAUUUUUUAUUAUA